AUCGCCGCAGGAGAGGGACGAGAAGAGGAGGGUUGUAAGAAAGCGCAAGGGUUUGUGAUCCUUUACCAUGGCGCCGAGAGCGAAGGCGGCCAACGACGUAGGUGGCGGAGAAGGGAAGGAGGAGCAUUUCCGAGGAGUGAGGAAGCGGCCGUGGGGGCGUUACGCAGCGGAGAUUCGUGACCCGGUCAAGAAGAGCCGCGUCUGGCUCGGGACCUUCGACACGGCGGAGGAGGCCGCGAGGGCCUACGACGCCGCCGCCCGCGAGUUCCGCGGACCCAAGGCCAAGACCAACUUCCCAUUCCCGGACGCCUGCAUCAGCCCCAGCCCCAGCCCCGUCGGCGUCGCCUCUGGCGGAGGGGGUUCCGGAAGCCCCAGUAGCCAGAGCAGCACCAUAGAGUCCUCCGGUCCGGAGGAGGCGGCGAGGGCGGUGCCCUCGGUCGCCGUUCCGCUCCCUACCUCGCUUGAUCUCGACCUCCUCUACCGUGGCGGCGGCGGAUCCCGCUUUCCCUUCCAGCCAUACCAUCCAGCCAUCCCGGCGGCGCAACCCUUGCUCUUCUUCAACGCGAUCGCCAGAUCCGAGACAUCCCCUGUGUCCGAGGUGGCAGUGACCGGGUACCACCGCCACCUGCCGCUUUGUCCGCCGAUGAUCGUCGCCUGCUUCCAGCCGCCGCCGGCCGUCGUCGCCCAAAGCGACUCCGACUCUUCCUCCGUAGUCGAUCCCCCCCCGGACCACCGCUCUCCUCCCCCGGCACCGGCGUCCAAGGCGUUUUUUCUCGAUCUAGAUCUCAACCUCCCCCCGCCCGCGGAGGUUGCCUAACCCUCAUGCCUGCGACCGCCCGAUCGUCGCAGGAGCUCAUCGAGUCUCGCACAUUCCCAUCCGGUGAAAGCACGCGAUGUCCAAGAAAGAGAAAACAUUGUAUAUAUAUUUAACUUACUCUUUUUCCACCGAGACAGAAAAAAACUAGAGCCGUCGAUCUCGGAGAUCAGAUUUAUUUCUCGGUGUCGUCAUGCCGCUUAUCUUUUUCGUAUUAUCUAAUUAAUUUUCAUGAUAAAAA